AUGGCACAAAGCGAAUACGACAAGAUCAGGCGGAAACUACACACGACAAGCCCCAUUCAGCAAUGUCUGAGCGUCGAAUCAGCUUCCAUAUCGGCAUCAGGCUCGUGGAUGGCGAGCAUGAUGCAAGAUGCUGUCCACUCCGUCUAUAGCGACGACCGGGAUGAUAUCAAACAACUCGAGCAGACGGCAUUCGACUGGAUGGACAAUGCGUUCUUCUGCAUGGACCUUUCUGAAAUCCAAACACUCGUUCGCAUUUCAACACGAAAGUCACAGAACAUGGAGUCUUCUAUCCGCUGUGGAAGUAGCAUGGUGAUGCGCAUCGACUCGGAUACAAAUACUGUUGCCCCAGCAAUGAGCAUUGAUGGAGCGGACGCGAACUUUACCAUUCCAUCAUUCUUCCUGCCCAGUCAUGAACAUCUGCUUCCCCCGAGACCGGAUGUACGCGCAGAAGAUCAAGCAAACAUUGGCUUCGCAGCUCAUCUCACCUUUCCCGCCGUCCUCGAUCGCGCCAUGGUUGACUUUUUCGCCGACCUGGUAGAAUCUCUUAUUGUCAUGGAAAUUGAUGACCACGAGGAGAAGGGAUGCGGUGACGACGCAAUGCAGAGCAAGAUGGACCGCGUGAAGAACAAGUUCCAAGUCGGCGUCCACGAGACCGGUCGAUCGAUCAAGAAGGGACUGAAGAAAGCUGCAUUCAAGAGCAGAGGCGACAGUCAGAUCGCUUGGGCCGUCAACAAAAUUGCCGAGCAGCUGGAGAUCUUACGCGGAGACGUGGGCUACGCUGGGGAUAUGCCGGUCUCUUUGGCAUUUCUCCGUGGUUCCGAGCUCGGACCAACCAAGGUCCUCGCCUGA